AUGUGCGGCGGAGCUGUUAUAGCCGACUUUGUCCCGGCCGGAGCCCGCCGCCCGGAUGGCUCCUCCGCCGACGUCCCCGGCUCCAGCCUCACCGUCACCGGUGAGGAGGUGACGGAGAAAUCGCCGGCGCCGGGGCGGAAGACGGCGUACCGUGGGAUCAGGCGCCGGCCAUGGGGCCGCUGGGCUGCGGAGAUCCGGGACCCCAGGAAGGGCGCGCGCGUCUGGCUGGGCACCUACGCCAGCGCGGAGGAGGCCGCGCGCGCCUACGACGUCGCGGCGCGCGAUAUCCGCGGGCCGAAGGCCAAGCUCAACUUCCCACCCGCGGUGGGCGCGCCGCAGGAGGCCGCGGCCGUUGCAGGGGCGGGGGCGCCCAAGAAGCGUCGCAUCGUCGCGGCAGAGGAGAGCUCCGCGUCUUGGUCUCCACUUCCGGCCCCGGCUAGCGGCGGCGGCGGCGGCACAGACAGCCUGCGGGAGCGCAUGUCCGGCCUGGAGGCGUUCCUGGGGCUGGAGGACGGCAACGUGGAGCCCUGGGAGGCCGUCGAUCUCAUCAUGGAGUAG